AAGUGGGCUGGGUGAUGGUGGUACUGGAAGGUGUUGGUGGCUGCAGCGGCGGUGAUGGAAUUGAGUAAAUUCACUCAGAGUUAACCGUUCAUUGUGAACAGCAGGACAAAAGCGACACCGCAGAGUUUUACAGCGGUGUUGAGGCACAGCUGAGCUACCAGGAGAUCAGAGGCAGGUUUAUCAAACAGCUGGACUGGACCGGACUGCUGAGCGGAGAAGAAAAGGUGGCACAGCUGGAGACACUAAAAAAAAACAACAACCUGAAGAUGUCGACUCUGAGGGCGUUUGUUCUGCUGGGACUGAGCUGGACGUGUCGAGCUGCAGCUAGUGACCCAUGGGGCCAGUGUCCAGUCACCAGAAAGUGUAAGGAGAAGUUUAGAGAUGGAUCAUGUGACAAAUUGUGUAUGGCGCCCGAGUGUCUCAGAGAUGGCUUCGACUGCCUGAAGGACAGGGGCCAGUGCAAUCCGGGUCACAUCCAGUACUGCCGUGAUCACUACUCCAACUCCCACUGCGAGCAGGGAUGCCACAGCGCCGCCUGUGGAUGGGACGGCAGCGACUGCUUCACAGACCAGAGCCCCACGUGGGCCAAAGGCACCAUGGUUCUUCACAUCAAAACCCCGCCGCAACAACGUGGCACCUUCUCCAACAGCUCCCUGCUCUGGGCGCUCAGUGUCCUCCUCCAGACGCCACUAAAACUGAGAGACUCUGUCCCACUUUCAACUAACAGGAACUUGUUUGACUUUGACCCUCAGCAGCUUGCCAGCCUGCUGGCUCAGCCAUCACCGGCUGACUCAGAUGGCUCCCUCCUUUUCCUCCAAGUGGACAACAGGCCAUGCUCCCAUCCGCCUUCUACCUGUUUCCCCUAUGCUACCGAGGCAGCCAGUUUCUUGCUUGCCGUCAAAUUGCUGAGGCCCGCCUCAUUCUCCAACUUCCCAGAGCUGAUGGCUAUCAUCAGUAUUAGAGGUGUCCGAGAGGAAAUAGGAAGCAGAGAUGAGGAAACUGUGAUAACGGAAGUCAAAGAGCCGACCCCUGCAUGGAUGUGGGCCGUGAUUGCCAUAGCAAUCGGUCUGCCACUGGCGCUGGCGCUGGUGGUGUUCUUGGUGGUGAGGAGGGUGAGGCAGCAGCGGGCCGAGAGGGAAGAUUGCAACAGGGUGAGACACCGAUCCACAGUCACAGACAAUGACCCUAAAUCAAAGGCAUUGGCGUUGCACGCGGCACACCAAGAGCAGAGGAUCAGAUCCAGCAGAGAGAAAGACAAGAUCAGCCUGAGGAAAAAGAAGAAAGCAAAGGAAGCAGAGAAAAAGAGAAGGAGGGAGCCGCUCGGGGAGGAUGCCAUUCGAAUGAGACCUCUCAAAAGAGAUCAGGACAUAGGAAGUGACACAGACUUCACCCAGAGUUCAAUGGAAGACAUCAGUGCGAGAUGCUCCAGGCGACAAGAGGACACCUCCAUCUGUGACCACAGGACCCAGGAGCAGAAACACUACCGGGGCGGACCGUCACAGCCCCGCAGGCCAAUUCAACCUCCACCUAGAGGAUGGGAGAGAAACGCCAUGCCUCCUCCUCUGCUCAGUCCUCCUCAGCAGUCGGCAGAGUGGUGUGGCCCGGACGGGUCUGUGGUUCUGAUCCGAGCGGUGCGAAGCGGACUGGACAGAGUGGUCUUGGAGCUGCUGCGAGCAGGAGUGCCCGUCAACAACACUGACCAUACUGGGAGAUCAGCCCUGCACUGGGCAUGCUCAGUAAACCACCUCUCCCUAACAAGGACCCUCAUUCGCUAUGGGGCUGCUGUGGACCUGCAAGACAACAAAGGCGAGACGCCGCUCUUCCUUGCCGCCCUCCAUGGGUGCUAUGAUACGGCCAGACUCCUCCUCCUCCAUGGUGCCAACCUUGAGCUGCACGAUCGAAGAGGACGCCGUCCAAUAGACGUGGCCAGAGAAGGCAUACAUCACCAGGUCCUGGAACUCCUCUUGGCUCACCAGAUUCAGAGAGGGCCCGUUCCUGUCGACCCGAACAACGACAUGCUGUGGGAGGAACGCUCUCUGAUGUACUCGCCAUGGGUCGGAUCGCAAGGCAUGCCGGGAAGAAGCGCCUCCUUCUCUGGGAUCAUAGCGCAUAGAGACAUGACCCCGCCUCCACAAAAUGAUUGGUCGAUGAACCGAGUACCGAACCAGUACCCCUCCCCACAGAACUGGCGACCACAGCUCAACCAAUCAGCGACAGCGCUGGUCCCUCCAAGAAUCAUGGGCCGCUCGCCUCGGCCAAUCAGCACCUUACAGGAGGUGACCUCAGAGGAUGAGGAUCGUGACAGGCACCAGGAAGCCCCCAGAGCUGCGACACCUCACUUCCUGUCACCACAGCCUGCGCCUAGGCAACGAUCCUUUUCCUGCACCCAGCAUGCACUGCAGCGUCGCUCCAGUGGCCACCAGCCAGAGCCCAACUAUGUUAUCGUGACAGACAGAACAGCCAAUGAGCCCAUAGAAAGAGUUGUUGUUUCACCUCCCACAGAUGUUGUCGUCCAAUCAGAUCGCCAGCCAGUGUUAAUCGGUGACAAUCCCAGUAGAGCAGAACAAGCAGUGAUGAGUUCAACAAAUCCAGAGCAGAAAUCCAAAGGUGAGAGGUCGAACAACACGACUGCUGACUCCACACAAACAGCCUUGUAGAGAACAGAGAGCCUUUCAGUUCAGCCUAUACGAACACGUGAAGAAGAGUCGCAAUGAAGCUAUACCGACAGAGAGGUGAUGAGUUUUAGUUUGGCAUGAGGUUUGUUUUGUUUUUAAGCCCAAAACUGGAGCCAACCUUGAUUUUCUGUCAUUUUGGGACCUUAAUUAUGAUCAAAUAUGCAUCUGUUGGGUGUCUCCUGGCAGAUUUUCUUCCUUAUUUGUUACAUUCCUGUCACAUUAAUACACAGCAGCACUCGGAGAUGUUCCUUUCCAAAUCAGCUCCCCAGUUUUCACUCAGCUUUGCCUAAAUUAUUAUUAUUAUUGUUAUUUUUACUAGGGAGCGGGAUCCUUGUACAUUUUCUGUUACAACACACACACGCAGUCAGAUAGGUAAUAUAACAACAUGUCUGAGAUGAAUGCAAGUCACCCUGAAACUGCAACAUCUUGUGGAUCCUGUUGUCAAGAACUGUAAUAAACAACCCAGGAGACAGAUGUGCACGGUUGCACAAAGAUGUCAGAGUCCUGCUGAUGCAUGCAAUAAAGUGACUUUUCAUGCAAA